UACUCGGCCCACGACAAUAUGGCGUCCCAACUUGGUGGGUUUCAAACGAUUUGCGUUAAGUUCAGCGAAAAAAGUUGUUCGUAUCACUACCUGUAUUUCAAGAAUCACAUAACAAGAGAUGGAGAUACAACGAAACCACCAAAUAAGACACUCUUUGUGGUGAACAUUCCCCCAUAUUGCACAAAGGGUUCCUUGAAAAGACUGUUCAGUAGUUGUGGCGCCGUAAAAGACGUAUUUCUCGUCAAACAACCGGGGUCGACGGAGAAGGAUGAGGCAGGCUUAGUCAUCCCGUCAGAAAGUGUCAAGGGUUUUAAGGUCGGUUACAUUGUCUUCAAAAAGUCUUCUUCUUUGAGUGCAGCAUUAAACUUAGACAAGUCUACAGUAAGAGUGCUCUCAACGGAGAAAAGUCCAAUACCGACUGGAAUGAAAAAAUGGAUUGAAGAAUAUCACAUGCAAUAUCCAGAUACAAAAAAGUUACAGCUUGAAGUGGAUAAAUUUAUGGCAAAGUUUGAUGAGGAUAAAGAGAAGAGUGAAAGAGUUGAGGCUGAAUCACGUAACCAAGCUGAUGACGAGGGCUGGGUAACUGUAGGGAGAGGUGGAAGGAACCCAGCUGCUCCCAGACUGGAUGCCACUGAGCUAUGGGAAAGAAAAAAGAGGAAAAAGAAGCAGGCACUAUUAAACUUUUACCACUUUCAACAACGAGAGACAAGAAGAGAACACAUCGCGCAUUUGCGAAAGAAAUUCGACGAGGACAAGAAAAGAAUCGCUGAAAUGAAGUCAGCCAGAAAAUUUCGACCCUAUUGAUUGCUCUGAAUCAUUUGACUUUUAAUGAGGCGUGCGUUGCUAUUUACUUUGACAACAUUCAAAUGAAAACGGGAUUUCGACAAAGAAGGUUUACUUUUCUGUUGUUGCUAAUAUCUGAGACGUGUACAUGAAAGUAUGGUUAGGAGAGGCAGUUAUUUUUUUUAUCAACAUUAACGCCCCGCAUACACCGUGAAUAUUUAAUUUGAUCACGUAGCACUCAUUGAGCCCCGGAGCAAAAAGGCCAUUCACUCGUAACAAAGAGCUUCAAAAGUCACUCCAGAGUGUUAAGCGGCGAAUCUAAGAAAUAAAAGAAAACAAAGUUUAAAAUAAAUCAGCUCUUGUAAAGAAGGAAAAAAUUGUGCCUUACGGCAUUUUCCGUUCAAAGUUGUUAUCUGCGUCAUUCAGUUGAAACCUCACGGCGAUGCAAGGAACUUUUGAGUUAAAUGUACGUCACUAAAGAUUCCAAUAUAUUUGAAUAGAUCCUUGAUUAGUCUAUUUUGAAAACAAACUGUGGUGUAGGUUUCGCAAGCACUAAAACACGAAAACGCAAACUUGAUAUCUGAAUGAUGAACAUUAAACAGCCGCAGCGAAUGACAAAAAUUCCAGUUGGUCAUCGUUGGAUUUAAGUAUUUGGUUCUGUGUUUUUGAAAACUUUUCACGCCAGGUUCACAGCUCUAUGAAACCUGUAAGAAAUACUGGGAAAAUAAAUUCAGGAACUCUUUACGGUGA